AUGUACUACAGUUGUCAUUGUAUUAAACGCAAUGGCUUACAGCACGAUUGUCGUCGCACUGGUUGCGGCGGUGAGCCCUCGUGUCUAGUCUUACCCGACCCUCUCUGUGCCCCGAGUCAAUUAACGCGUGCUCGGGGCCUUGCGGAUCCCGCACCGUUAGCAGCGCACAUGCGAGCUCAAGGUGGAGGCAGCUCAAGCGGAGUAGCUGAUUCAAGUGCCGGAGGUGGAAAGCGCUUCAUAGUUUGUGAACUAAAGGGUAUUAUACCCGAUUCUUCAGCAGACAAAGGCGGAAAUAAAUGUUGUAAGUGUCCUGCAAAACCUGUAAAUUCUCCUUUAGGGUAUAGUGGCUUCGGUCCUCAAGCAUGUGUAUAUAGUGGCACCGUAGCUGCACCACCGACCCCUGUCGUAAAAACAAUUGGUACACAUGAGUACGGUUCUUCAAAGUGUCCUUGUACUUGUGUUUCUGGGGCAGCAAAUGUACAAACUUCCGUGUUUCCCCUUGACGAGAAAACUUUAAAUGAAAUAAUGAAAAGGUUUGAAACUAAAGAAAUGGCACCUCGUAUUCCCAAGUCAGGUCCAGGUGGUCACGGUGCAAUAAAGCCUGUUACUAAAGAAGAACCUUGUACUAGACCCGGUUGUGUGCAUUGGAAGCCGCCGUCGCCGUGCGUGUGGGAUGCUCCCUGUAAAGCAGAUUGCUUUGAGACUCCAGUUGAUAUUCAGCCGGGUCGUAAUUCACUUACGGGCGGCGGUGGUGCAUCUAUGAGCUCUAGUGGAAAUUUUGGAGGCAAGGUAUCACAAGGUACCCAGCAACCUCGCGAAAGAAUGAAACUGUUAACACCAGAAUGUUGUACAGGUUGUUCUUCGGGGGGCCAUGGACAAGGUUCUGCAAGUGGCGGUCCGGCAGGUGGUCUCCCAAUGCUGGUGAUGAAGCUUUGUUAA